GCAGCGGUGGGAGCCGGGAGCGGCCGAGGAUGGCGGCGGCUCCGGCGGCUCGGGAGCUCACGCAGAACCCGCUGCAGAAGACGUGGGAGCCCUACGACAACGGGCUGCCCGCGGGGCACAGCGCGCAGCGCGGCGUAUGUAUGACCAAUUGCCCUACUCUGAUUGUCAUGGUGGGUCUCCCAGCAAGAGGAAAAACCUACAUCUCCAAGAAGCUGACACGCUACUUAAACUGGAUUGGAGUGCCCACGAAAGAAUUUAAUGUUGGUCAGUAUCGUCGAGAUUUGGUGAAAAAAUAUAAAUCCUUUGAAUUCUUCCUGCCUGACAAUGAAGAAGGCUUGAAAAUCAGGAAACAGUGUGCCUUAGCCGCGCUGAACGACGUCCGGCAGUACCUCAGCGAGGAGAACGGGCACGUGGCUGUCUUUGAUGCUACAAACACAACUCGAGAACGUAGAGAAACUAUUUAUAAAUUUGGUGAAGAAAAUGGGUAUAAGACCUUUUUUGUGGAGUCUGUAUGUGUUGAUCCAGAGGUCAUUGCUGCAAACAUUGUGCAAGUGAAGCUGGGUAGUCCUGAUUAUGUGGAUUGUAGUAAUGAUGAAGCAACAGAAGACUUCAUGAAAAGAAUAGAGUGCUACAAGAACUCGUAUGAGACUUUAGAUGAAACUCUGGACAAGGACCUUUCUUACAUUAAAAUUAUGGAUGUUGGAAGGAGUUACCUGGUGAACAGAGUGAUGGAUCACAUCCAGAGCCGGAUUGUCUACUACCUCAUGAAUAUCCACGUGACUCCUCGGUCAAUCUACCUCUGCCGCCACGGGGAGAGCGAGCUCAACCUCAAGGGGAGGAUAGGAGGAGAUCCUGGGCUGUCUGUCAGGGGGAAGGAAUUUGCCAAAAGCUUGUCACAGUUUAUUAAUGAGCAAAAUAUCAAAGAUCUGAAAGUUUGGACCAGCCAGAUGAAAAGGACAAUUCAGACUGCUGAAGCCUUGGGAGUGCCUUAUGAGCAGUGGAAGGUUUUGAAUGAAAUAGAUGCAGGAGUGUGUGAAGAAAUGACAUAUGAAGAAAUACAGGAAAAUUAUCCUCUUGAAUUUGCACUGAGAGACCAAGACAAAUACAGAUACAGAUACCCUAAAGGAGAGUCCUAUGAAGAUCUUGUUCAGAGGCUGGAGCCAGUAAUUAUGGAACUGGAAAGGCAGGAGAAUGUGCUUGUCAUUUGUCACCAAGCUGUCAUGCGCUGCUUGCUCGCAUAUUUCCUUGACAAGCCCGCAGAACAACUGCCCUACCUGAAGUGCCCACUGCAUACCGUCCUAAAGCUAACCCCAGUGGCUUAUGGAUGUAAAGUAGAAUCUAUAUUUCUGAAUGUCGAAGCUGUAAACACACACAGAGAUAAACCUGAGAAUGUAGACAUUUCCAGACCUACCGAGGAUGCUCUUGUAACAGUCCCUGCUCAUCAGUGAAUCCUGUGUCCCGACCAACUAUCAAACUUGGGUGCUGUUUUCAUCCGGCUACUUCAAAAUAAAUUGAAAAACUAAUUAUUCCAAUCACUUUGAAAUAAAAAAAAAUAAUAGCCACACGCAAAUCAAACUCAUAAUUCAAACCAAAUGUUUGUACAGCACAUGACUUGAAAAAAUUAAUCAAAUCACAAUAAAACUGUUGCACUGGCUUAUUUAUUGUGGAUGAGUUAUCAGACCUUGAUUGGCUCUCACUGGAAUGUUGGUUUUGUAAAUUGCUGUCAUUUAAAUAUCCUGCAGCAUUAAGCUUUACUGUAAUAGCCAGCAAUCAUUUAGUGUUAGCUGCAGUGUAUUUAUGAAAGCCAUGAAACACAACAUCCUGUGUGAGAUAAGAAGGUCAGAAUUUGUUUUGCCCAGCAGAGCACCAGUAUUAUCUGUUUCAGGGCCCUUGGGAGUGAUUGGACUGCCAUGCAGUGUAAAAUAACAACCCAUAAUUGCUGUCAAUCCCUAAUCCCACUGAUCCACAGCACUAGGGCUCUACAUGUGCUAAUUAAGGAUGUGCUGCUAGAGCAGGGUAGCAAGUUUUCACUUAGUUCCAGGACAAUUAUUCAAAGGACAGGAAUGUGUAUAAAUGUCUUUACUAUACAACUUUUGUUAACAGCUGUUCUGCAUUAACCAGGCUCUAGGGUUUGCCUAGAGAAGGGAUUUUAAAUUCCCUCUUUUCCUGCUUUGUGUGGAUGUGGGUG